UUUUUUUUUCUUUUUUUUUUGAAUUUUCAUUUUAAUUAUCAUUUUGGUUCAACUCUUUCUUCUCCUUUGUUUCUUCUUCAACAAACCAAAAUCCAACACAAUCAGAUUCAUACGUUUACAUCAUCAUUCAUGACGUCGUCAUCGUCGCGGCUGCUGUCGCUGGUCGCCGCCGCCGUCGUGCUCGUCCUCUCCACGCAAACGGGUCAAGCUGCGCACUUUGAUCCAACGACGGCAAGUUCGCGCGUUCUGAGCAUUCCUGCGUCUGGAUGUGGGAGCAGGACUAGCGGCUAUUUUGACACCUGGACUGGCACGAGCUGGACUGGCACGAGCACCAGCAACGCUGUCGGCUGCAACUCGCAAAGUCCCAGCCGGCCUGACUGUAUCAAUAGCAGCGGCACGUGUGGCGGCGCAGAUUUCACCGAGGACAGCAGCAAGGGCGAAAUGUUCAAGUGCCCGGAUCCUUCAAACAGCGUUGACACUGCCAUUCGCGUGGGCAAUUCGUUCUCCAUUUCCGCAGUGUUCAAAUGGUCGCCAAACAACAGCGUGCGCUACGUUACCAUUGUGGCCAAAGGCUGUGGAACGGUGGGCACGACCAAUACGCUCGACACCCAGUUUUGGGUUGGCGCUGUGAAUCGUGCGGGGUGGGGCACGCAGUACCAAAUGUGCUUCCAUGCUGGCUCCGGCACGUCCGCGGGAACGAACGGUUUCCCCAACCUGAUUUGUGGCGGGACGCCGCUCCCUUCCACCUCAACCCCAAGCGUGGUGACGGUGACUGUUGCCGGCCAGAUGCUCUCCAUCUACUUUAAUGGCGCAUUGCAAAUCGGACCGGUUGCACUCACGUCCGCGAAUAACUACGCCUCGGCGUUUCCCAUCACUCUUGGCGCGCUCCCCACCUGCGGGACUCAAGCUGCUUGUACCUCUUCGACAUCGGGCUGCAACUCGAUUUCCGGCCUUUGGUUUGACCGCACUCAGCUCUACGACGUCAACAUGCAAAACGUUGCCAUGCCACAAUCCGACGUGGUCAGCAUGGUGUGCUAUUACAACGGAUUGUACGGCUCUGCGGCUUGCCCCACAAACCAGUGCGGCAACAGCGUCGUCGAGGCGGGUGAAGCGUGCGAUCGCGGCGCCAACUGCUUGCCGGAUUGCACCUGUCCCGCCGGAAUGUAUCCUUCUGGCGGUGGUUGUACGCCAUGUCCCAGCGGAAGCAAGUGCCCUGGUGGACUGGCAGGCGCCACCCUGUGCGGUAACGGCGAGUACCAAGCCUCGACCGGCCAAUCCUCCUGCUCCCAAUGUGCUCCAGGCUCCGCUUUCACUGGCUCUGGCCGCACGACACCAUGUCCGGCUUGCUCCCCAGGCUCGUACCAAACCGAUGGUGGCCGUGCCUCGUGCCAGCCCUGUGCGAUGGGCACCGCUUCCACGGACCAGGGCCGCACCACAGAGUGCCCUUCGUGUACUGGUGGCUGGUAUCAAGACCAGACCAGUCAAACGACUUGCCUCCAAUGCGCCAAAGGCACUGCUUCCAACGACAUCCGACGCACAACCCCCUGCACUGGUUGCACUCCCGGACACUACCAGGAUGAACUGGGCAAGACGUCGUGCAAGGAUUGCGACAGUGGCACGGCGGCCUCCGACUCGAGUCGCACGACUGCCUGCCCGUCGUGCCUUGCUGGUCAGUUCCAGCCGCAAAGCGGACAGCCUUCGUGCUCCAAUUGCACCGAGGGCUCUGCCAGCAGCGACACGGGUCGCCAAUCGUCGUGUCCCGCGUGUACCUCUGGACAUGAGCAGCCCUACUCGGGACAAAGCGCGUGCACAGAGUGCCUUCCGGGAUUCUCGUCCCUCAAUGGCGGCAUUCGCUGUGAUCCGUGCGGCGCUGGCUGGUACCAGCCAGCGGGCGGCUCCGUCACUUGUGUCAAAUGCGAUGCAGGAACGGCCAGCUCCGACCAGACGCGCGCCUCCGCUUGCCCAGAGUGUCCUGUCGACACCUACCAACCACUCGCUGGAAAUUCUGGCUGUCUAGCCUGCAAAGACUUUAGCUCCACGGAAGGCUUGACAAGACAAACAAGUUCAGCUGCGUGCAAAUGCCUUCCUGGUUAUUUCAGCGACAUUGGCGGUGCUUGCCAACCCUGCCAAGCUGGAAGUCGCUGUGCUGGGCAGCAAUCCUUUGUCUGCAACGAGACGAGCGCAUCGUAUCAGAACCAGGCUGUCCAGUCAUCGUGUAAAGUCUGCGACGCGAAUGGAACGGUCAGCGCUGACAGGACCACGUGCACUUGUAACGAUGGCUAUUACUCCCCGGCCGAGGGUCUCUGCGCAGAAUGCCCUCCUGGCUUCCGAUGCAGAAACGGCAUCAAGACGUCUUGCUCGGCAGACAACAACGGCACUAUCCUCUGGUACCAGGACAAACCCCGUGCGACCGUGUGCAAAGUUUGUUCCAACGGCGAGCCAACCGCAGACAACUCGUUCUGCAACUGCCAUCCCGGUUUCUUCGAGCAGACAAGUACUUGUCGAGCUUGUCUUGCCGGAUACCAAUGUGCCAAUGGAACUCUGGUCGCCUGUCUGGACGGUGAAUACCAGAACGUUACCAUGCAAGUCAGCUGCAAGCUCUGCCCAGCCAAUUCAACCUCCACUCUGCCUGCAAGGACGGCAUGCAUGUGCCAGGCUGGCCGCGACUUUGACCGUUAUUCUGGCAACUGCACUACCCCACUGAGAAAUGUGGAAAGCAGCUCCAACACGUCGGCUGUUGUUGUGCCCAUCGUGGUCGUUCUUGUCUUGCUCCUGGUUGUCGUGCUGAUUGUUGCCGUCAUUCGUCGCAAACGACAACAAAAGAAACAAGUUACUUCCUCCUUUGAGAACAACCAAGAAAUUGGCGCUGUGGGCAACAACAUCAACAUUGGACUGAACGAGCUGCAUCGUUCGGCCUACUCGAGCACGGACGCUCUUUACGCAACCGCAACCCUUCCUCGCAAGCAGAAGCCUGUGGAGGAAUAUGCCGCGCCCGGCUCGUACAGCGCACCCUCCGACUCGUACCUUGCUGCUGGUAGCAUUCGCAAACCCAAAGCCACGCCACCAAGCGAGUACUUUGCCCCGGAAGAUGCCAGCUCUUCGUUCUACAGUGCCCCUUCGACUGACAAAGGCUACUCUGAACCCGUUUCGGCGGAAGGCGAUUCUGCCGUGUACGCUGUUGCCCCCGUGUCGACGUCUCGCACCGUCGUUGCCCCACUUGGCGACGUGUACGCCAUGCCUUCCCGCCAACCCAGCCAACACGGCAAACACUCGGCGCCAUCGUCCGUGCCGUCCACGAUUGGACCGAAGGGCGACGUGUAUGCUGUUUCCUCCACUUCGGCAACGCUUUCACCCAAGCCUGAUCGGAAGUCUGUCAAGUCGAGCGAGAUUGGUGAUGCCAUGUACGCAGAAACGGGCAUUCGGCCAAACCCGUCAGCUGCCGUGCCCACCACGACAGCUCCUUCCGGCGACACGUAUGCCGUCAGCACCAUGGACAACCGUCCCCAGGCCAACCGUCUCGGCAAGCCGACCAUUCCACAGCUUGAUCGGACGAGCAAGCCAACCUUUUCCGCCGACUCUAAUAUCUGAUACCAUUGAUUUUUGUUUUCGUUUUUUUUGUAGUUAUGCAUUAUACCACUUGUUUUUUCUCUUGUAUGUCCCUGUCCGAGCUUCGAGCUUGAUCAGUGAUUGAUUCUUUUUGCUGCACCGACCUUGAUGUUCUCUCCCUUUCCCCCUACCCCUCCCCAAUGUAUAGUACAAUCAGUUUCAUCACAA